CCGGGGAUGGAGGGAGCCGGAGAAGAGGAGUGAGGAGGCUGGGGAGGCAGGCCCUCUUGCCCUCCUGGAGGCCAGCAGGCCGCUGUGGCAGUGGAGGACCAGGCCGCCCAGAAAGGGAAGGGGUCAGGAGGUCGGGCCCGGGCCUUAGCCGGCUCCCACCAGGCCCAGGAAGGGAGGGCCAGGCGCCCUGGAGUUCAGGGCCCAGGCCUGUCCCGGGGUUGUCCAAAGGAGGCCUGGGCCAAGCCUCUGGUGGGGAAACUGAGUCAGAGGCAGGCCUCAGGGCCGGGCCUCGACGCCUGCAGCCAAGUUAGGGGCAGGGGGCACAGACCCUUGGGGGUCUCAGAGACUAAAGGGGGGUAGGGGGCUUCAGGGCCUCCCAGUCCAGAGCCGGAUUGGCGAGUUAGACGCUUGUAGAUCCAAGGUUGGAUUGGGGUGGGGUCUCUGGGACGUUGGCCAGCCAGGCAAGGAUUGGGGGGAUUCAAGUGCUUAGAGAUCGAAGGCAGGCCUGAGUAGGGGGAGUCAGACCAUUGGAAAGCCUAGGUGGUUAUUUGGGGAGGGGUCUCCGCGCUUUAGCGAGGCGCAAAGCUGCGCCUGUUGGGCUCGAGGCCUUGUCCAGAGGGGUUUCCGUGCAGGGCGGGCGGCCUGGGCCAGGCCAAGAGAAAGAAAGUGAAUAAACCAGGACGCUCAGUGGGCGGGGGGCCCGAGAGGGGGGUCCCAGAGGGUGAGCCAUGGCCACCAGGCGUUUAACCGACGCUUUCUUGUUGUUGCGGAAUAAUUCCAUCCAAAACCGGCAGCUGUUAGCCGAGCAAGAGCUGGAUGAGGAAAGAUCAACGGGAACGCUCAGUAUCAUUUCAAAAUAAGUGAAAACGUUGCCUGUGGACGUUGAGCUGAAGAAAGGAAGCGGCAGUCAGGAUUGCAGUCAGAUUUUUCAGGACGGCUUUUGCCAGAUGCCAGAUCAAGUCAAACUCAUGUUCACAAGUAUGUCCAAGAAAAUUAAGAACUGGUGCAUGAAAAGAUAGGAAAACAGUCCCAAAUCCUAGCAGUUUCAGAGCAAGCUUAUGAUCAGCUUGCUGAUGACCGUAUGGCUCUGGUGUCAGGCAUUAGCUUAGAUCCAGAAGCAGCAAUUGGCGUGACAAAACGGUCACCUCCGAAAUGGGUGGACGGAGUGGAUGAAAUACAGUAUGAUGUCGGCCGGAUCAAACAGAAGAUGAAGGAGUUAGCCAGCCUUCACGACCAGCAUUUAAACAGACCCACCCUGGAUGACAGCGGCGAGCAGGAACGCGCCAUCGAAAUAACCGCCCAAGAGAUCACUCAGCUCUUCCACAGGUGCCAGCGAGCCGUGCAGGCCCUGCCCAGCCGGGCGCGCAGGGCCUGCUCCGAGCAGGAGGAGCGGCUCCUUCGCAACGUGGUGGCCUCGCUGGUACAGGCUCUGCACGAGCUGUCCUCCGGCUUCCGGCGCGCGCAGUCGGGCUACCUCAAACGCAUGAAGAAUCGAGAGGAAAGAUCCCAGCAUUUUUUUGAUACGUCAGUACCACUAAUGGAUGAUGGAGGCGAUAAUACUCUUUACGACCGGGGUUUUACGGACGACCAGUUGGUGCUGGUGGAGCAGAACACGCUGAUGGUGGAGGAGCGGGAGCGGGAGAUCCGCCAGAUCGUGCAGUCCAUCUCAGACCUGAAUGAGAUAUUCCGGGACUUAGGAGCGAUGAUCGUAGAGCAGGGUACAGUCCUUGACAGAAUUGACUACAACGUUGAGCAGUCCUGUGUCAAGACCGAAGAUGGCCUGAAACAGCUUCACAAGGCAGAGCAGUAUCAAAGGAAGAAUCGGAAGAUGCUUGUGAUUUUAAUAUUAUUUGUCAUCAUCAUUGUCCUCAUUGUUGUCCUCAUCGGCGUGAAGUCUCGCUAGGCAUCCGUGGGGCUGCGUGUGCCACCCGCAUGGCCUCCCAGGCGCGAAGGGCAUGGCCACCCCGCGGACACAGCAGAGGCGCGGGCUGUGGACCGCGUGGGGGCCGCGAGCGCCGGCCUGGACUCCUCGUCACAGUCGUGCUCAAGCAGAGGGAAUGGGCUUCUGGUUUUCCUUCGUUGUCAAGAAUUUAAGGACCUUUGCUACUGCUGCAGGAUAGAGAUUGAGCAGUGUUAUCAGUCAUAAUAUAUAUUUUUUUUAGAAAGAGAAAAUGAGUUGAAUGUUUACAGGCACUCCACAAGCUGGUCGAUACUGUAUGUGCAUAUGUUAUUUUUUUAGCUGUCAUGUCGGAGCAACAUGUUAAAAUAAUUUUUGGAAACAUUUUUUAAAAACCAUCUGGUUUUUAAGAAAUUUGGUACCAAAAAUUUGUGAGUAGAGGCAAAAAUGCCUCUUCAUCUUUCUUUGUAUGUUUUCCAGUUGAAAACAAACUGAGAAGUCCUUUAAGAAUUUAUAAUCCAUUCCCCAUUAACUUAAUUUAGCUUUUCCAUCACUGUUAAUGAUCAGAGUAACAAAGUGUGAAAAAGAAGAAACCAUCAUUGAUGGUAAUUAACACAUUUAGAUGGGCCGGUUACAACGGCCUCAUAAGUUUGAGUUAACUGUAAAUGGGCUGUUCCUCAUCCAGAAUCCGUGCCCUGCAUCUUCUACUGUAAACCAAAAGGGGUUACUAAACAAAACCACCUAAACUUAGAAGUUGGUAAUUCAAACCGACCUCACCAGAAAACAUGCAAAUGGAAGAUGGGCAGUGUCAUGGAAGUCACCAGAAUCAGCCGGUGUGUCCCUGUGCUCAUCCCCAGCGGUCCUUGCUCAAUCCAUUACUUCUAUACUAACCACAUAAUGGCCUGUUCAAACCAGACACCAUUUAAUGAACUGUGAAUUUACACACAGGCCGUUCUGAAUGGGCCGCCCCAUUUAGGAUUAGUGGAUCUCAAAUUAUUAACCAAACAUCACUCCGUUUCAAAGUCAGAUACUCCACCAGUGGUAUGAUUUAUCAGCUCCUUCACUGCUGCUAACGUGCCCGAGAAAGUAGGCAUGUUCCUGCAGAUUGUGAAAAUCUGGAUUAGGAAAUCCCUUCUUUGCGUGAGCAUGAAUCAGAUCGCCAAAGCAAGACUUUGCCGUUUACUUACCUAUUAUUAAUAUGGUGCUCGAAUAUAUUUCUAGAACUGUAGAAUAAUGUGGAAAGUGAUGGCGACUUUGAAAGCUGAAGUUGUUCAUGUUUUAUUGGGUCUUGAGACACCAGUAUCUUUUUAAUGGUCUUUGUAUAAUUUCCGAUGGCUUUUCCAUUGUUUUUUUUUAACCUCUCCUAAAAAGUUUGAGAGGAGCAUGACUUCGUUAAAUGUGCCGUGCUUUAUUUGGAUCAGUCACAUAAAAUAUCUCUUUAGGAUUGACUUUCAAGUAGGUUUCUGGAAACUUAAACUCAAGUCCAGAGGUUCAAGUCAUCCAAACAGAUCGUGGUCUUAAUACCCAAACCCACGUCCCAGCCUUCCCUUCCCAAGUCGUCUGUGACUCCAGGAGGCCACUGGUUUUCAUAUUACUGCCAUGACUGUAGAAUGAUCUAGAGGUGCCCCUGGCAUUUCAGGAAAUCACGUGGUAUUCCCUGACAAACAGUUAUUUAUUGGGAAAAAGGUCGGGAAAUAUGAACCCCCACCUCCUGGGUCACCCCCGACACGUGGGGCUUCUCCAGACCUCGUGAGGAGCUCUAGGCACUCCUUACUCACAGCCGAGUCGAAUCCGGUGGCAGAGUCUGGGUGUCCCGGAGACCAGCUUCCCCGAGGAGCAGGGCUGCGCCGGGCAGGGCUCUUCCCUGCCCGACGGCCUCCAGUGGCACUCCUGGAUGACUGGUGGAGCUUUUAACGUGCUCAGUCUUACCCUUGAACGAAAGUGACCCUUUAAGAAAGGAUCGCACAAGAAAGAAGGGAUCGCCAUUUAUUUAUGUUUAUUUUCAGUUAAUAGGGGUGAUCGGGGAUGGUUUUUGCUCCCUACCCCCUCACCCCAUUUGGGUUAAAUAAUAGAGCUAACACACGUGGUGUCAAGGAUCUCGAGUGGUCUGAAGCCGGCGCGGGGCCAGCAAAAGCCCCACUGUCUGCUGCCAUUGCCUUGCCCCACGGCGGGAGGCCGCCCCAGAACCUGGCGCCAGCAGGCCCAGCUCCUCCAAACACUGUAUUUUUCUUUUGAGCCUUUGUUAGGGAAAGAUCAGCUGCCUUGGGGCAAGUAAGAGAAAACUGGUAAUGGAGUCCCGGUCCCUCAGGGUCAUUCUAACCCUCUGAAGGAGACGGGCUCCUGCAGACAGGCCCUCGCGUGCGAGAAGGUCGAGGCAUCCCUCCGUCGGGCUCUGGUCGCGAGCCUGCGGUGCGAGCAGAGAAGAGGGCCGGCAGGGAAAGCUCCUUCUGGGCACCCCUGGGCUCAGCCCCGGACACCUGCCCCCUCCAGCAAGUCCUGGGGUGGUUCCUUGGAUGGCACCGGAGAGGAGAGAAGUCCGUGUUGACCGUGGGGUCUCCAAAGCUGAUCUUUCCCGAGAUUGUAACUGAAAUCUACUGUCUCUUCUUGUAUUAAUUUGGGGGUGGGGGGUGCUGUCUUCGCCAUGGACGUGAAGCAGUGUAUGUCUCUAAUUUAACGGAUUUACCGCUUUCUCUGCUAAUUGAGAGAGCAUUAUUUAUUUGUUUUGACACAAGUGCUUUCAGUGUUUUAUCCUAGCUAAUGGCUUCUUAAAGGUAAUAAAACCCUUCCAACCUAAUUGGUCAGAUAAGACUUUUCUUCUUGUGUGCUUAAAUAAAGCAAUUAGUGAAGCGCUUCUAUCCAAAAUGACUUUUUUUUGUCCUUUUUUAAAACUAAUUUACUGUUCCUGGAAACUUUUUGUACAAUAAAGCAGUCGUGCGGAUUAAAGAA